CUCUGUGCACAAUAUGGCGACCACUGACGUUUCUAACUUGACUGUGUGGGCCAGUACUUCCGGUGAAAACUUCCGGUGAUCUGAGAGUGAGAGCGGGAGACAGAGACAACAGUGAAUGAGAUCAACAAACUGGAUGACUAGAUGUUUUUAUUAUGAGUGUUUUUAGAAUUAAAGAGAGGCGACUUGCCUUUCAGAGAGUUACAGGCUCAACACUUCAUUGUUGUGUGCCAUUAUGUACCGUUUCGUCAAACUACAACAAAGUAAUCAGCUUUCAUGCAUUCCCCGUUGAUGCUGCGGUACGGGCUAAGUGGAUGCAAAAUAUCCGGAGGGAUGACUUCAACCCGACCCAAAACACCCGGGUCUGUAGUCGGCAUUUUAAGCAGACUGAUUUAAAUGUGACUGCCGGGGGGUUGAGGAGGCUGAAGAAGGGAGCCGUACCAGUUUACUUUUCGUGGAAUGGGUACAAACUACCUGCGCCCCGACCGAGCGUCUGGGAACGGCGUCCGCGGGCCGAGAGUCCCGCACCAGAGUCAGACUCGGACUCGGAGAUGGAUACCGAAAUGGCCAUAGAUCAUGACUACUGUGUAGUCCCUGAAACAGGAGCGAGGGCGAGUAAUUUGGCAGACGAGAAUGAAGCCCUACGUCGCCAGAUCAGAGAGCUACAACAGCAGUUAGAAGCCCAGAAACUUCGCCAGCGUUUUGGGAUAGAUCGCCUGUCUACAUCAGAUGAGAACAUGCGCUUUUAUACCAGGUUUGCGUCCUACAAGAGUUUCAUGGCAUUUUGGAAAUUAAUUGAACCUGCUGUGAUCCACAAGAUGGUGCGCAUAACCAGUGCCAAGACAGCUUCUGCCAGCAUCAGCACAGUCCAUCACCCAACAACGAAACUGAGACCCAUUGAUGAGUUGCUGCUGUUCCUGAUGUAUCUGUCAGUGGGUUUUCCUCUCAAUGACCUUGCAGAGAGGUUCAGCAUUCACCGCACUACUGCAAGUCGGAUCAUCUCCACAUGGACUCAUUUUCUGUACUGCCUUUUCUGUACUGCCUGCUGGGAAGCCAGCGCCUUUGGAUUCCUCCAGAGGUAG